AUGGGAAGAAUUGCAAGAUUUUUUGGUAACCCUGGGUCGAGACCUGCAGUUGCGCAACGGGCACCCAUUGCUCAUUGCGAAGCAGGCCAAGAAACAGAAAUUAGCUCAAAAUUCGACGCUGACCAGCAUGUAAAGACUGUAUCUAGCAGCGACGAAAGCUCGAUUGAAGACCUUAAUGAUAUCGAGAUUGCCAACAAUGGUAACUACGAAACUUCGCAUACUUUUGCAGGCCUGAAAAGAGGUCUUCUCGAUCGUGUUUUGGAUGUAAUUGUGAUUUGGGCUGGGUCCCAAUUUAUGUUUCUUCUAAUGUGGGUUAUUCUUAUUGCCUGGAUCGUGGUAGGAAUUGUCUAUUCUGCACCCUUUAACUGGCAAGUCGUGAUGCAAGAUGGUCAAUCUAUUCAAAGUUAUGUCUGGGACACACUGCUUAUGAGACAGCAACUAAUGAGUGGACAUGAGCAAAUUUUGAUUUGUGGCAGAUUGAGAUCUAGAAUGACAACAUUUACCCACUUUCUCACCAAAAAUCUCAAAACGGUCGAAGCCAAGAAAGAGGAGACCGAAACCACUGUUUUGACAGAUGAGCUCGACAAUAAUGAAUUGAAUGGUAUUCUACCUGUUGAAAGUUGGUACGACAGAUUGUCAUCUUUUGUCUCCAAUAUUCUAGGGUCUGUCCCUUCAAUGAUUAUAUUUUGGCUGGGUAUUAUGGUUUGGAUUAUCUGUGGUGUGAUUCCAACGGACGCCGGUAACGAACCACCAUUCACGGGCCGGACGACAGGAAGUAAUCCAGAGCUAAAAAAGUUUAGUUCCACGUGGUAACUUUACAUCAACACUGCAACUGCUAUUGUUAUUUUAGUCUGCUCGGUCUUUCUUCAAAAUAUCAGAGCGAGACAUGACAAAUUCAUUGCCAAGUAUUUGAUCGCUAUUUUUGAACUGGAUGAUAAGAUUGACUAUCAGGUCAGAGAGCAUGUUGGUGAUUUCCAAACGCCGCAUCCUGUGAUCACUUUCCCAGCUCCCAAAAGAACAAGAUUACAGAAAGUUAUUGAUUUUUAUGCUGAUGCUAUUGGUGCAGGUAUUGGUGUUGGUAUUGCAAUUGCAGUUUUUACUGUUUGGUUGGCAAUCGGAAACACUAUGAAAUGGAAUGAUGACUGGUGGUUAAUUAUUGGUACUUAUACUGGUUUAGUUGGAUUCCUCGAUGGAUUUGUGUUGAGGGAAGUGUAUUUCCGUAUUGUUCAAAAUGAAGAAGAUAAUUAUGCCAAGGUUGCAGAUGAUGAUUUAGCGUUGUUCCAGCAAUUGGGAAUUGAUUAUUCAGAGAAUCUAACGGCAGAUUUUGCUAACUCAUACAAAAAAUCCAUCUACUACAGGAUUUCAGCAACAAUAAACAGUAUUUGUUCUAGCCAGUGGGCGACUCUAGCAUCAGUUGCAGUCAUUAUUGGCCUAAUAUGUAUUGCAUCAGGUAUGCGCUGGAGUACUUUGGGUCAACUAAUUUGUAAUACACCUACAAUGAUUAUUGAAGCAUUUUUCCUAAUUGUUCUGCUACAGGCGCAUAACUGGGCUGAUUUCCAACGGAGAGUUGAAGUUUCCGCCCUUUUCAAGCGUCGCACUAUUCUUUUGAAUUUCGUUCAAAAUAUGACAAGCAGUAUGAAGAUUGAAUCUUCAAAGGUGUAG